AUGUUCAGGUGCUGCUGAUGUCAGACAUCUUGGUUUUCCUUCAAGAAAAAGAUCAGAAGUUCACGUUUGCAUCACAUGACAAGUCUCCGGUGGUCUCCCUGAAUAAACUUAUUGUCAGAGAAGUAGCCAAUCAGGAGCGAGGGAUGUAUCUGAUCAGUGACUCCACUCCUCCAGAGAUGUACGAGCUGUUUGCUUCGUCCAAAGAAGACCGGAAGACCUGGAUGACCCGCAUCCAGCAGACCGCUCUCAGCUGUCCCUCCAGAGACGAGUUUCCACUCAUUGAGACUGAAGACAAAGCGUUACUUCGCCGACUCAGAGCUGACAUCCAGCAGAAGGACAGGGAGGUGCUGGAGCUCCUGCAGGAGCGCGUCACUCUGUUCUCUGACCUGGUCCAGGUGAUGGCUCGAGGAGGAACAGAAGAGGAGAGAGGUGUGGAGGUGAAGACCUCCUCCUGCUGCAGGAACCUGUUUCGAGCUGACACUCCUCAUGCUCCAAAAGCUGAGCCGCUCCUCCUCAGUGCCAUCGGUGAAGUGGACAGACUGGCUGUGCUGCUGUCCCAGUCCAGUUCCCUGAGGUCCUCCUUAACCAACGGCAACCAGGAGAUUAGCAAUGGUGACUCUGGUUCUCUGAAUGGUUCAGUUAAAUUAAACAACUGCUCUUCAAAGGACAAAAAUGGGAACCAGCUGCAGGAACGGAGCCUGAAUGAGGAAGUUCAUCAGCGAUUAGUCAACCUAAGCAUGCAGCUUCAUGCUCUGCAGGCUGCUGUGAUUCGCCAGGACUCCAUCCUGGAACUAUCUGGGAGUGCUGGCACCACCCCUUCUUCCAACCCAGACUCCGCCCCCGUUCCUCGUUUUAGUCGCUCUAUGUCGCGGGACGCAGGGAUGGACGCCAGCGGAGACGCGGUGCUUCUGCGACGUCAGGUGGAGCUUCUGCAGGAGGAGCUGGCACGGCUGCGUCUGAAGGCAGAGGAGUCCAACAAGAAGGGGGCGGGGUCUGGCAAGAAGAAAAAAAACAAAAAUAAAAACAAAGCUGAUGUGUCAAAGGAUGAACAGGUCAACAAGAAGUCCAGCAGCAGGGACUCUGAGCCCGCCCCCCUCGCUCCAUUGGCCACGGAGGAUCCUGUUGACCAACUAGAUGGUGUUGAGGAAGGAAAUGAGGAGGAAGUGAUGAAAAUCUCUCCACGCUCUGACAGUCCUAGAGACCUGCAGGACAUCCCAGAGGAGAGCGAGAGUUAACCUCACCAUCAUGUCACCGUCUUACUGUCACGUUUUUAGGCUUAAAGGAACUGGAGAUGAUGUCAUUUCCUGUUUGGGACCAAACAUCAGCCUUCUGCGUGUCACUGCUCGAUGUGUUGUGGAAGCCUCCUCCGUACUGUCAGCUCAUUUGUACCUGCGCUAAAACAAGAGCUCCGGUUCACCGCUGCAUGCACUCGAUUUAGGAAAACCUACAGGAAAUAAUUAUUUCCAUUCUUAAUUAUUAAGGUGCGCUAAAUGAUAUCCUGUACACGCGUUUAUUAUAACGUAUACAAUAUAAUAAGUUAGUUAGUUAUGUUUAUCCAUUUCUUUAAAAAAAACAGCAUAAAUUCAACAAACAAAAAAUACAAAUCAUAAAUUAAAUGAAAGGUUCUAUUAUUAAUAAAUACAUGGUUUCAAAGCGUACGUAUUCCCAUCCAUCCAUUAUCUAUACCAGCUUCUUCCUUUCAGGGUCACUGGUUCCCAUAUCCACCAAUCACAGU